AUGGGCAGGAGCAGGGGCAUCAGACCAACGGCACGGGCGGUGUUGGAGGCUAUGGACAGGGGCAGGACCAGCAGACCAUGGGCACCGGUGGUGGUGGAGGCUAUGGGCAACGGCAGGGGCAUCAGACCACUGGCACUGGCGGUGUUGGAGGCUAUGGGCAGGGGCAGGGGCAGGGGCAAUCAGACCACUGGCACCGGCGGUGGUGGAGGCUAUGAGCAGGGGCAUCAGACUACAGGUACCGGUGGUGGUGGUGGAGGCUAUGGGCGGGGGCAUCAGACCACAGGCACCGGGGGUGGUGGAGGCUAUGGGGAGGGGCAGGGGCAGGGGCAGGGGCAGGGACAGGGAUAUGGGCAGCAGCAGGAGAAGAAGGGAGUGAUGGAGAAGAUCAAGGAGAAGCUCCCUGGCCAGCACAACUAA